CCCGGACCCCUCAGGCUUGCUUAUUCAAGAAAACCCUAAAACAUCCUCGAAGGCCCCCUUCUGCACAGCCGAGCUUGUGUAAUCUGCAGAUCUAAACUUCCUAAAAUGAAGGUCAUCGCUGCGUAUUUGCUGGCUGUUUUGGGAGGGAACGCCAGCCCUUCCGCCGAUGACUUGAAGGACAUACUCGGAUCAGUGGGGGCUGAAGCUGAUGAUGAUAGGAUUGAACUCCUCUUGUCUGAAGUCAAGGGUAAGGAUAUUACAGAGCUUAUUGCAUCUGGGAGGGAGAAAUUGGCGUCAGUUCCUUCUGGUGGUGGUGCUGCCAUUGCUGUAGCUGCUGGUGGUGGUGGAGCUGCUGCUGCCGCUCCUGCAGCAGCUGAACCAAAGAAAGAGGAGAAAGUGGAGGAAAAGGAAGAGUCUGACGAGGACAUGGGCUUCAGUCUCUUCGACUAAUGGACUAGGCAGCUAGCUACUCUCUUGUACUAAACUUUUUCUUCUCAUUUAGUGCUAAGGUUUUUGGUCUGCAAAGAUGAUGUGCUUCUUGAUUUUGUGGAGACUUUUCAGCUUAUUGUUAGUAGAAAAGAGAUAAGAGGGAGUCACAAACAUAGCCGGAUUAUUAAUAUUCAAUCCAGUAUUAUUUGAAUCCAUUUACUUGAUAUUCAGUGACGUGUCCUGUUGGAAAGGGUGGUAUUGCAGAUACAUAUGUAAUUCAUUUGUCGCUGCGUUUUAUUUGACUUUGUCAUAGGUUUUGUUUUGGUCAGUUGAAUUUACGUCUGAAAUUAAAGAA